AUGCCUGUCAGUUUUAAUAACGGCGUGGCAGCCUCGUCAACCUCGGUGCGCCUCCCGCGCUCGGGCACGGGGCACCACACCCUGCUGCCCGCCUUUGACGCGUCCCAGACGGAGCUUAUGGUGCCUGUCGUUACUCGUCAAUCACUCCUCAGCUGGACCUUUGGUCGUGGUACGGUGAUCUGGCGGAUCUGGCCAGCGGUGCUUCUUCACACCGUCUUUGCAGCAGUCAUUGUUACCAUCUCGAUGAGGACCAGGUUUAAUCUGGGGAUUCCCAAUGUUAUGCUCACAGUGCUCGGUGUCGUCAUCGGUUUCGUAAUAUCAUACCGUGCGAGCUCAGGUUACGAUCGCUACUACCAAGGGCGCACAGCAUGGUCAGACAUCGCGCGUGUCUCACGCGUAUUCAGCCGUCUGGCGUGGCUACAUGUCCCUCUCCGCGUCCAACCCACCACAUACGACGCAAACGGUAAUGCCGGGGAGGUCGACAUCGCAGUCGUGCGACGAGUGAUGGCGGAAAAACGCGCCGCGCUGGAUCUCAUUGAAGCGUACUCGAUUGCGGUAAAGCACCACCUUCGUGGAGAGACGGGCAUCUACUAUCAAGAUUUAUACCAUCUCCACCCGCACCACAGACACCCAGAUGCAGCACCUCCCCAGCCCGCCAUUGAGAUCGAGGCUGAAUCGAUCAUGUCUUCUCCCCGUGACCUUCAUCCCGAGAUACCGCCUUUCGCGUUAUCCACCCACGCUCUCCUCCCUACCACCUCCUCCGCCCUGGCCGCAUCCCCAACCGAACGGCCGCCGUCACACGACCCCACCAUCCCCGCGAUCAACUCCUACGGGACUUUCGCCGGCCCGCCCCUCCACCACACCGCCUCCCACACGUCCCUCAACUCGGUCUCCACAAAUUCCUCGGACCGACGCCCGCUCCUCCCUGGGGCAAUCCGUGCUUCGAGCGCGGAUGAAGGCAUGCUCAGCAGCGUCUCCGCCGACCUUGUGCCCUUUGGGAGCGUCUUCCGCUCCGUCGGGCGCCUCCUCGGACUGAAACGCAAGAACGUUCGCGACGCUCAAGGUCGCGACAUCGAAGACGCAGCCGGGCUCGAUGCCGAGGUAGAGGUCGAGGUCGAGGUCUCACCCGAGCGCGCAGGGGCGGACAUCAUGGACCACGCGCACCAUCACCACCCAGGCGUCCACCGGGACGCUGUGGGCAGGAUCCAGCGUGUCUGGCGCACCGACGACGUCGCCAGCCCCGCGUCCGCGCACCCGCACACUGGUGCGCUCCGCGCGCACAUUUCGUCCGCGUCCGCGCGGCUCGGGUUCACGCACGCGAAGCACCGUCCGCGUGUCGCGGGAGGCGGGGCGAGCGUACCGCUCGAGAUCGUGCGCGCGCUGAGCAUCUGGUUAUCGAUACUGGACGAGCGGGGGUGCGUCCCGGGCAACGCCCUUGGCGGUAUGUUCGGCUGCCUGGCCUCCAUGGAGGACAGCCUGUCGACAUUGGAGCGGAUCUUAACCACCCCGUUACCCUUCGUCUACUCCGUUCACAUCCGGCACACCGUCUGGAUCUACCUCUUCUUCCUCCCCUUCCAGCUCGUCGACCUCUUCAAGUGGUACGCCAUCCCGGGCGUCGGCUUCGCCGCCUUCACCUACCUCGGCUUCCUCGCCGCCGGCGAAGAGAUCGAGCAGCCCUUCGGCUACGACGAGAACGACCUCGACCUCGACUUCUUCUGCCGCGCCAUCAUCCACGCCGACAUCGCGCGCCUCAAGCAGACCGCCGGCCCGCACGCCUUCUUCGGCGCGCACCACGCCAGCGGCACCGUCCCCAGCUCUCGUUCCGCCGCGCUCGACAUCCACUCCCAGAUCGAUACCGUCUUCGGCGGAGGCCGGCAUGCGCAGAAUCCCACAGCCUUGGCCCCAUGA